GAAUGAAGACCUUUUCUCUAUAGGGGAGGUGCCAUUUGUCACAAGUGUCUUGUUUUUAUUUCUCUAAUUUUUGUUGUAAAAAAUUAAAGAAAACACUUCUAAACUACCCCUCUAACCCCACCAUGAAAAGUUCUUCUACUUCUUCCAUGGACGUUGCUAAUUCAAGAGAUGUGGCGUGAUGUGAGACUUCCUAUGGUACCUGGUAUUAUGAAUGAAAGCUACAUUCAUUCAUAAUAAUUUUCAGAUCUUUGGACUUGUGACACUUUUAGUAGUGAUAAAAAAUUAUGAAUACCCCCAACAUCCUUCAGCUGAAUUGGAUACCUUAUCGAAUAAUUCGACUGUUAGAAUGGCAACUUCGCCACGUCAGGCACCAGAUGCCAUAUCCCUCUGUUCCACCACGAGUGCUUUAUCGAGCUGCCCGGAUAGGCAUGGGUUUUAUGGAGGAGCCCAGUUCUCCGAAAAGCCCAAAGAACCCCUUCCCAGGUCAAAGAUCUUGGCCAGGGAGAAGAAAUGGUUGUAUAUGAUAGCUAACUGGAGAGAGUAUAUGGCGAAGAAUUACAAGAAAGUCCGUGAUAGAUGUCGAAAGGGUAUUCCAGCUUCGGUUAGACCGAAAGCUUGGUUCUAUCUAUCCGGAGGGCAUCUUUUGCAUUCAAAAUAUCCAAAUUUGUAUGAGGAACUUCUAAAAGCGCCGGGCAAUCAGCAAUAUAUCGAUGAGAUCAAGAAGGAUCAACAUAGGCAGUUUCCUUUUCAUGAGAUGUUCCUCGAUGAGGAUAAGCCAGGGAGAGUGGAACUCUUCAAUGUCCUGAAAGCCUAUUCAGUGUACAAUCCAACGAUUGGAUAUUGUCAGGCUCAGGCACCAAUUGCUGCAUUCCUGCUCAUGCAUUUACCGGCUGAAGAAGCCUUUUGGUGCUUUGUCAGUGUGUGCGACAAGUACUUGGAGAAUUACUUCAAGCCAGGCAUGGAGAUGCUGCAGAGGGAUGCAGCAAUGCUGAUGGCUCUGGUCAAGAAGACCUCACCGAAUGUCUAUAGACAUCUGCAGAAACACAAAGUGGAACCUCUGCUGUUCAUGACUGAUUGGUUUCUCUGUGCAAUGACGAGGACCCUUCCCUGGGACACAUUGCUCAGGGUUUGGGAUUGUUUCCUCUGCGAGGGCAUUAAGAUCAUCUUCAAGGUGGCAUUGAUAAUUCUGGGUGCGAGCCUCGGGCAACGGAGUGUCCGGAGGGCCAGUAAGGGAUUGUGCGAAACACUUGAGGUGCUAAGGUCACCACCAGAGAAGGUUCUCGAUGAGAACUUCCUCAUGCACCAUGCACUAAAUUUAAAUAUAACCCGGGAGGACUUUGAGCGGGAACAUCAGAGGCAGGCUGAGCUUCAUAGGAAAGGCAAAACUUCAUAAGAGUUUACGCCAGGCAUUUCAAUGUUAAAAUGUACCGAAAAAACUUUAAUUAUUCAUAUAAUUUAACAAUUACUUCCCAUUUAAUUUGCUGAAUUACAAUCAUCAUAGAACUUCAGAAAAAAAAUCAAUCACUAAUUGACUAAAAUAAAUAUUUUUCUAACACAAUGAAUUAGUACCUAAAUGACCUAAAGAAGUAUUUUAUCAAUAAAACAAUUUAUCUCGUACAACUUUAUCCGAAUAAUAGGAAUUUUAUUCUUUUCACAAAUUUCAAUGUAUUCCUCCAAAAUUCCCUAUUAACUUAAUUAAUUUUGUAGUAAGAACUACUUAGAAAAGCUUCAGUAGACUUUCAUUUAGCCAAUAUUAAUUUAAAACGCAAUUUAUCGAAUGAGAAAAUGCGAAUCUUAUUCAUUAUUCUACUGUGAAAAGCAAGUUUUUGUAGCGCGUCUUUUUUUAAGCUUUGUCAAAUGAAUUUAAUUUACUUUAAAUUACUCGCAUUUGACAAAAAUUUAAAAAAAAUAUCGCAACAAAAACUUUAAUUUUCUAAAAGUACCAAUUUAUUGAUGUAGUGAAAUUUUCUCUAGCAAUGUUCAUUAAUAUUUUUUUGUAUACCGCAAUUCAUGUAAACAAAGUAAUAUGUAAAUAAUGCAGUGAAAUAUUUGUAAUAAAUCUUUUCAUAUAUUUAA